GGAACAGUUUGGUUCCAGAAAGACUUUAAUUAUAAAAAGAGUUCUCAAACCAAAGGUAUUCUUCAUUUUGGAGCAGUCAAUUACGAUGCAAAAGUAUAUGUAAACGGAAGAUUGGCAGGAAGUCACGUAGGUGGUUAUACGCCUUUUAAUUUUGAUGUAACCAAUUUGCUUGUUGACGGAAAUAAUUUUGUGGUAGUAAAAGUAGACAACAAACGUCAUAAAGAUAAUGUUCCAACCGUAAAUAUGGACUGGUGGAAUUACGGUGGAAUCACCAGAGAUGUUACUUUGGCUCAGGUUCCCAAUACUUAUAUCGAAGAUUAUCUGGUUCAGUUGGAUAAAAAAGACAAAACCAAGAUUUCAGGCUGGAUAAAGCUGAACAGCGAUACAGCAAAUCAGUCUGUUUCGAUUACAAUUCCAGAACUAAAAAUCAAGAAAAGCAUUAUAACGGAUGCCAAAGGAAUGGCCUAUUUUGAGAUUAAAACCAAUCCCGUUUUAUGGACACCGGAAAAACCAAAAUUAUACGACCUAACCAUUGACAAAGCCCAUGAAAGUAUCGCGGAUAAAAUUGGUUUUAGAACCAUUGAAACCAAAGGAAAAGAAAUUUUGUUAAACGGAAAAAAGGUCUUUUUACGUGGUAUUAGUAUUCACGAAGAAGCACCGUUUAGAUCCGGGAGAGCCUGGUCUAGAGAAGACGCCGUUACUUUACUAAGCUGGGCAAAAGAAUUAGGUUGUAAUUAUGUUCGUCUGGCACAUUAUCCCCAUAACGAAAACAUGGUAAAAGAAGCCGAAAAAAUGGGAUUAAUGAUCUGGUCUGAAGUUCCGGUGUACUGGACGAUUUCAUGGACAAAUCCCGAUACCUACGCCAAUGCCGAACGUCAGUUGCACGAUAUGAUUUACAGAGAUAAAAACCGCUGCGGAAUUGUAAUUUGGUCUAUUGCAAACGAAACUCCGCACGGCGAUGAUAGAGAUAUUUUCUUAAGUAAACUCGCUAAAUAUGCCCGUACACAGGAUAAUUCGCGUUUAAUAAGUAUGGCAAUGGAAGUAACCAAAAGUCCGAACAAUGUAAAUACGCUUCAUGAUAAUAUGAACGAAUACGUAGAUAUUGUGAGUUUCAAUCAAUAUUUAGGCUGGUACAGGGGAACGAACGAAUCCUGUAAAGAUAUGCAAUGGGUAAUUCCGUAUAACAAACCCGUCAUUAUUAGCGAAUUUGGCGGUGAAGCGCUGCAAGGUUUACACGGAGAUAAAACACAGCGCUGGAACGAAGAAUAUCAGGAAGAGUUGUAUGUGCAAAACACGCAAAUGUUCAAUCGUAUAGAAGGUCUGGCCGGAGUUUCGCCCUGGAUUUUAGUUGACUUUAGAUCACCACGCAGACAGUUACCUAACAUUCAGGAUUUCUUUAACCGUAAAGGUUUGAUUUCAGAUCAGGGAAUAAAAAAGAAAGCUUUUUAUGUAAUGAAAGAUUGGUAUGCUCAGAAAGAAGUAGAGUAUAAAUAA